AUGUUCAUUGGAGUCAUCGGAACGCGUUACUCGGGAAAGACGACAAUCUGUGAAUAUCUCAAGACAAGAGGCUUUACUGUUCUCCUCUUGCGCGACGCCACACACGACGAAGACACAAGUACAGCAGCUUCGUCCAAUGACAGUCGCGAAGAACUGUCCCAUGCCGAAGGAACGUCAACAGAUCAACUCUAUGAAGAUUCGCGUCAGAUAGCCGGGACAUCGUCUAGCGUACCAAAGGCAGACCACUAUUUGUCGCGUGAAUUGCCCAACGAGAGUCAUACAUCUUCAUCGCACCUGGAACCUGAGUCCAACGAGUGGGGAAGUAGAACACCGGAAUCCCAUGUCAAUCGGGACGUGCUCAAAGAAGAUCUCAUAUCGGCAUUCCGAAGAAAUGACGGGAAAAUGUCCAUCGCGACGUCGUUGCGCUUCCAUUCCCCGACUGAGAUGCUCGACUAUACUACACGACAUUGGCGACAGGACUUUGUGACGGAGGACCUCUCGACGAGAGAGUUGUUAGAGCCAUUCCUCAAGCGACCAUUCUUUCUCCUCGUUGACGUUGACGCGCCGUUGAUGGUGCGGCUGGAGCGCGCGCGGGAUGUAUCACUAAAGCAGUUUGUCGAAGAGCAUGAUGUCCUCAUGUAUGGCACCGGGCCAGUUUCACCGCCGAAUUCGCACCAUCUGCUGCGGCAAUUGACAAACGUGACUGUGGUCAAUUCUUACCAGUCUAUAGAGCGACUAUGGGAGUACCUGGACCAGGUGGAUCUGACGAAUCCAGACCGUCUUCGGCCACAGUGGGAUUCCUACUUUAUGGGGAGUUGCUUCCUCGAUCUUGUGAUAUUCAGCUAA